UCUAAGAAUGGCAUGUAAAUGUAAAAUGUUACAUAGUGGAGUCAGCUGCGAAUACGUGUAGACGUGUGAAUUCAUUUGAUUCGAGAAGUAGCAAUUAUUCGUGAUUGAGGGCUGAAACUUAUAAAAAAUCUUGCUGACAUGGAACCAAAUCGAUUGUACGAGGACGUUUCUCACAUCGACUUAUAUCAAGGCGUUAAGGAUGGAACUAUUGAAAAAGUUCAGGAAUCUCUAAAAGAUGCGACUCAAGAGCAGAAGGACAAAGCCUUACUUUUGGCUGCGGACGCUGGUCACCAAGGAAUUGUUAAACUGCUGAUUGAUCAUGACGCGAACGUGAAUGCUGUGGACAAUGAAGGAGACACUUCAUUGCUGAGGGCAGAGUAUUUCGAGGUGAUGAAGCUGUUGAACAAUCAUGGACACAACGUGGAUGAUACGGACGAAGAAAGGGACGAUGAUUCGAACGAAGAUUCGGACAAUGAUACGGAGCGUUUUGGUCAUGAAGGAAUUGCGAAGCUGCAUAUUGAUCAUGUGGGAGAUGUCCCUCUGAUCUUAGCAUCAAUUAAAGGUCACGAAGGAAUUGUGAAGCUGCUGAUUGAUCAUGGCGCCAAUGUUGAUGCUAUGAACGAUGAAGGCGACACUCCAUUGCAGAAGGCAGCGUGUUGUGGUCACGAAGAGGUAGUGAAACUCUUGAUCAAUCAUGGGGCUAAUGUGAAUGCUACGCGUGAUGUAGGAGAACCGCCAUUGGCGUCGGCAGUACUCAAAGGUCACGAAGGAAUUGUUAAACUGUUGAUCGAUCAUGGCGCUAAUGUAAACACAACGGACGAUUUUGGUUAUACUCCAUUACAUCAUGCAGUAAAUUGGGGUCGCGAAGGAAUUGCGAAGCUGUUGAUUGAUCAUGGCGCCAACGUAAAUGCUCUGGACCAUGAGAAAGAUUCACCACUGUUCUUAGCAUCAAUCGAAGGUCACGCCGGAAUUGUGAAACUACUGAUUGAUCAUGGCGUCAAUUUGAAUACUGCGAACGAUAAAGGAAGCACUCCAUUGCACUUGGCAACACAAAAUGGUCACGAAGGAGUUGUGAAACAUUUGGCUGAUCAUGGCGCCAAUGUUAAUGCUACGAACAAUGAGGGUGACACUCCAUUGCACAGGGCUUCGGGUCGCGAAGAAAUUGUAAAACUGUUGAUCGAUCACGGCACCAAUUUGAACUCUGCUAACAAUGAUGGAGAAACUCCACUGCACUUAGCUGCACUCUAUGGUCAUGGAGAAACUGUGAAACUAUUGAUCGAUCAUGGCGCAAAAUUGAACAUGAAGAACAAUAAAGGAGAAACUCCACAGCAGGUAGCCGAAAAAGAGGGUAAGAGUGUUGGCACAAAAACGAUCUAUGUUAACGAUGAGGGAGAUGAGGGAGGAGAAAUGCAAUUGGCCGAAAAAGAUAAAUUCAAAAGCAUCGCAGAUCUAAUAUCUAAAGCUAUCGAAACUGUCGGAACAACAGAAUCAGACAAAUCAGCUUAGUUCAAAAUUUCUUUUAAAACUGUUUCGAAAGCGAGCACGGAUUCGGUGCAUACAUUUCGGAAUCAUUUGUUUUUUUUUUUUGGUUUUCUUGUUUUUUUUAUUACUUAUGAAACCGGUUUUUUACCGCUCUGAGAGUAGUCAUAUUAGUGU